ACUAAAUGUGACUUAUUUGAACAUCAAUCCCACAGACCACCUUUGCUUGAAGCAUAGAAUUCACCAGCAAAUUUGAAAUUUGGGUUGGGAGUUUUUUGUUGGCAACUGUUGGCAUUGCAAACUGUGGCAUUGCCAACAUUUGAUUAGGUAAUAUUCCAGAUUCAAGUUUAUUUAUAGACAAAAUGGAAAAGCAAGUCAACUCUAUAAAUACAGAUUUUGCAAAGGUGUCAAUCGCUAUUGAGUAUCACGGUAUCACUAGACAAUUAAGAUGGCCUUAUCCAGAUAUUUGUUCCUUGGAUAAAAUAGACACAAACCUUUACCUGAGUGGCAUCGGUGAAGCUAGCAGUGUCACCACUCUUCGCAAAUACAAAAUAACCCACAUCCUCACAAUCAAUGACUUCCCAUUAUCACUUGAGAUCAAAGACCAACUGAGUCACUUGAACAUCAAAUUCAUACGUUUGUCUGAUGUCUGCAACUCGGAUUUGUUGUCGCACUUUGAUGAGACAUAUGAGUUCAUCAGAGAUGGGGUACACAAAGGUGCUGUGCUAGUGCACUGUCAAAUGGGGCUAUCUAGGAGUGCUACUGUUGUCAUAGCCUACAUGAUGAAAAAGUACAAUUUGACUUGCAGAGAAGCACUGGACAGAGUCAAAAGAAAGAGGAUGGUGUUUCCCAAUAUGGGGUUCCUAUCACAGCUGGAAAGGUACAAAGAUAUGGGGUAUUCAACUAUGCACAGCCUUCUGAGUGUUGAAAAACUCCUUUUAGAAGAUGCAACACUCACAGGUAGGCAACAAAAUAGUUCCAGAAGGAUGUUUAUGUUAGGAAACAAAUGUUUGUUACAUUCCUUCAGGGCAGUUAUACCAUUGUUUGCGUCCACCCAAAAAUUCGUAACUUGCGGAUCGGUCUUGAAGCUCCUCAACACAGACUACCGAGUAAGACUGCAUUCGCAUGACGUGAAAUACGGCACAGGCAGCGGCCAACAAUCCGUGACAGGCACAGAGAUACAGGAAGACAUAAACAGUCAUUGGUUAGUUAAAGGGGGCACAGGAAAGACCUGCGAACGCGGCCAGCCCAUCAAAUGCGGCUCAGUAAUCAGACUAGAACACGUUGAAACGAAGAAGAACCUGCACUCCCAUAACUUCCAGAGCCCCUUGAGCGGCAACCAGGAGAUCAGUUGUUAUGGGGACAGUGGUGAAGGGGACUCGGGGGACAACUGGACUGUGGUGUGCUCAGGGGACAGCUGGAGGAGAGAUGAUAGUGUCAUGCUGAAGCAUGUGGAUACCCAGAUGUAUUUGGCUAUAUCUGGGAGGACUUUUGGGAGACCUAUCAAUGGGCAGAUGGAGGUGAUAGGGCUGCAUUCUUCUUCUGGUUCUGUGCACUGGCAGACUGCUGAGGGGGUGUUUUUGCAUGCUGUGGAUUUGGCGGCAAAGCAUAUGCAUUCAGUGCAUACUGAAUUAUGAAGGGAUGUAGUUUAGUUGUACAUUAUUGUUUUUUUUUUAAUUUAUUGAAGGUUUUGUACCAAAGUGUGGGUGGAUUUAAAUAAAUAUGAUAAACCCUUAUGA